GUGUGUUGACGCGCGGUAUCCCCUGACAACCGUCUGGGGAAAACAGGAAUCUUUUCUCUUCACCUCUGGGCAGACAGACGCGGCCAGCCAUGUCUACCAAGGCUACCACCCCUAACAAGCCUCGGAUGCUGAGGGUAUCUGACGCACGCCGGGAGCUCCAGAGCCUUCUCCUGGGGGCAGAGAUGGCUCACAAGGCUGACAUCCAAACAUACAGCUGUGGCCACCUGAGCCCUUACGCCCUGAGCCAGAACCAGCCCCACCGGAGGAGGACAGAGGAACCAAUCUGGGAGAUGUCUGAGGUCCAGGACAGAGAGAAGGGUGAGGAGGAAGGCCUGAGUCCCUGUCCUUUUACGCAACGCCUCCAGAGACAAACCAAGAUGGCCGCCAACAUCGAGAAGAUGACUGAAGCCAUGUUUGACUUCACUGUCACCAAGGGGCUAAAACCUACAGUCUUGAAGCCUGGGCAGCAUGAGAGCCUUACUGGCACACAGAGAGGAACGAAGGGAGAGGAAGGAGAAGAAAGAGAGAGGAGGAGGAAAACAAGGCUCAAGAUGGUUCUGGACACCUCUGAGCUCUUCCUGGUCAAACCCAGCAUAGCAUCACAGACAAAACCUCCUGGAGGUGUUGAGGGGAACCAGGACAGGUACUGGUUCACUCAGUCUCACCUGGGGGGCCUGACCAAGAAGGACCAGAUGAGGAUGAUGAGACACUUUGACAGACGGGUGCUGAGGAAGCAGGACCUCAGGGACAGGAACUGGAUCAGCGGGAACAAGGCUGCUGAGGUCUACGAGUGGAAGCUAGAGAAGGAGCUGAGGAGGCUGUCAGACCAGAGCUGUCCCAGUAGAGACCGCCUGGGGGUGUUCAGUGACGUCUUCAACAACGUCUGUGAAGGCUCGCCAGUAUUCAGAGACAUCCUCAGGGAAAUCAAGACAGACUACGAUCUGUACCUCAACUCUAUUCUGGACUCCCAGACAUCUCUCGAGGACUUGUCUGAGCUGGCUCUGCUGGGUGGUCUGGCCAUCGUAGGGGCAGAGGAUCUGGAGGAAGCUGGCAACGAGGUGUCCAGGCUGGGAGAGGAGGCGCAGAGGGCCCUGGAGGAGAAUGACAGAGUCAGGAAUCAGUUUCAGAACGUACGUGACAGAGUCGUGGAAACCCCAGAUGAUGAAGGGCUCCAUAAGGAGGUCACCCUGCCAGGGCUGUUGAGGCCAGGUGAAGGGCCGAUCUCCUUUAUAGAUCGUGUCCAGCCUAAGAGACGUCAGGUGUGGAUAAUGUGGGAGGAGGUCCAGCUGCUGCAGAAGGAACUCAAGGAGAAGAUGGUGUCCAUCAUCACCACAGGAGCUACAGAGAGAUGCAUCAGAGACUCUAAGGGAGAGAUCAUGAGACUACUGGCCUCAAAUGAACGCUUCAGAAACACCAACAAGGAUCUGGAAAGCAGCCUCAACAUGAUCCUGAACAGAGUGACAACAAGCGAGGAUGUGAAAGCGGAGGUGUGGGACAAAAUAUGGACCGCCCUGCGACACGAGGACGAUAGAACACAACCUCUCGUAAAUUAGUAGCGUUUUUGGAACAGUACCUCUGUUUGUCCACUAGGGGGUAGUGUUUAACAAGCUGACCUGAAGGCCAUGACUAGAUAUUAUGGACGGGAUGUUUACUCAUUCGCCAAGCUUCACAUCACUUUAAAUCAUUGUUAUUCGAGCUGACAUUAAAAUAUCUCCGAUGGUAACAGAAGUAUGAUGGCAUUUAGUUACAACAGCAAAAACCACACUGUAUGUAGUCCUCACAAGAGUCAAUUGUGCUGUAGUGACAUCAUUGAAAUAUCUUAUUUGACUUAUCAGACUAUUUAAUAGUAUUUUAACAAUAAAGAUAUAAUUAAGGCUGUGGUUAAAUGUGGUGAUGAUUAUAGGAAAUAUGGCUUUGAUGUCAUACAAGCAAACCAUACAACCGCCGAUCCAAAUAAAUAGUGACGUGAUUUGAUUGUUUAUCCUUUUACUAUAUAAUCUGGGUCCAAUCCCUUGGCUGUCCUUUGUCCUACCAGUCCAGACCUGUCCACGUCAUCACACCUAUCAUUACCUGCAGCCUACUGCUCUACACAACACACACAGAUCCAUCUUCUCCACAUAGGCAGUAUUUUGACAUACUGUUCUAUUGCUAAAGGUCCGCUAUCUGAUAUUCUGUCACAAAAGAUUGUAGAUUGUAGACCAGGGCACUCCAGCCCUGUUCCUGGAGAGAAACCCUCCUGUAGGUUUUAACUCCAGCCCUGUUCCUGGAGAGAGACCCUCCUGUAGGUUUUAACUCCA